AUGGCCGCGUGCUUCUGGCAGAACCCGCACAUCAUCGUCCUGGACGAGCCCACCAACUACCUGGACCGGGACUCCCUCGGCGCCUUGGUGCAGGCCAUUCACGACUACAAGGGCGGCGUCAUCAUCAUCUCCCACAACCGAGAGUUCGCGGGGGCGGUCUGCCAAGAGAAGUGGAUCAUGGAUAAGGGCCGCUUGCGUCGGGAGGGGGAGUCGGUAGCCUUGCACGAGGAGGAGGAGAAAAAGGAGGAGCUUGGGGACAAGGUGGUGAUCGACGCUCUGGGCAACGAGAUCAAGGUGAACAAGCAAACGACCCUGUCCGACAAGGAAAAGAAGAAGGAAAUCAAGCGGCUGCAAAAAAUGAUAACCGACGGGCGGAAAAAGAAGACUCUGAAUGAAGAUACGAUCCUGGACCUAGAGCUGAAGCUGGAGGAGCUGAAGGCCGCCCCUUGACCGGGAAUUUAGAGGAGGCGAUGUCCUAUUAAAACCACCAUCAAUAUAAGAAUAUCAAAAUGAUGAUAUCUAGUAGUAUAACAGAAAAAGUCGUUGGUAACCGACUGGCGUAGAAAAAAGGUAAAGAAAAGAUGAGUCAAGUAAGACAAGGGGGGCGGAACUGAGGGAGCGAAAGUAAGCCAAAGAAACAAAAUUAUAGGUUGCUGCAUUCGUAAGGGACGCCAUUUAGCAAAUGAGAAAUGUGUAAGCGCAGGAAUAAAUGAGUUCUGAAAAUCAUGCAUGUGAAUCUCGCCUAUCUAGAUGGAGUCCGUAUGGCAAGUUAGAGAGAACGACUAGUAGACGGCAGCAAAAGGAAAAUGAGCCAGCCCUUGAACUGUUUUAAUUUCUAUAAAGAAGUAAUUAACUAGUGACCU